AUGAACAUUCGCUUACAACGACGGGCUCUGUACUAUGUGUUCAACCUCAUUGUGCCUUGUCUCCUAAUCUCCGGUAUGUCAUUGAUGGUGUUCAUGCUUCCACCGGAUGCGGGAGAGAAAAUUUCCCUAG